AUGGCAACGGUAGUAACUACCUAUAAAGGGCGAAACAAGCCGAUUUCAGUGGCAAAUGGCAACUCCACCAAGAGAGACGAAAUCGAGAAAAAACACCCAACAGGAGAAGCUUUCGAGAUGAAGUUAAGAGUCACUGGUCCAGGCAUCAACCAGGUCAUUACCUUGAAGCAGGACGCCACAGUCAACGACCUGAUUGAGCAUGUCGGAAUAGAUGUUAAGACGUUAAGGUUUGGAUACCCCCCUCAACGGAUCAACCUACAAGAGGAAGAGGCUGCUAUGAGGCAAACCCAGCUAGAUGAGCUCGGAAUCAACUCUGGUGAAAGGAUCACGCUAGAAACUUCCCAAAGUAACGACAGUUUUAGCAUGUCGCCACCAAAACCGAAACCAAAGAGAGUUUUGAAGAGCACAGAAAUGUCCAUUGGUGGCGGUGGAGAGAACGUUCUAUCAGUCCAUCCUGUUCCCGAUGACAACUCAUGCCUCUUCCAUGCUAUCGCCUACUGUAUCUUCAAACAAGAUAACGUCCGUGCCCUAAGAGAGAUGGUCUCCAAGGAGGUCCUUAGCAACCCAGUCAAAUUCAGCGACGCCAUUUUGGACAAACCCAACCGAGAAUAUGCCCAAUGGAUAUUGAAAAUGGAGUCCUGGGGCGGGGCCAUCGAGAUCGGCAUCAUAUCUGACACACUCGCAGUGGCCAUUUACGUGGUGGAUAUUGAUGCUGUCAAGAUUGAAAAGUUCAACGAGGACAAGUUCGACAAUUACAUCCUGGUCCUGUUCAACGGUAUUCAUUACGACUCCUUGACCAAGAAUGAGUUCAAAACUGUUUUUGACAAGAAAAAUCAGCCUGAAUCAGAUGAUGUUUUAACGGCAGCUUUGCAACUAGCCUCUAACCUGAAGCAAACUGGCUACUCCUUCAACACUCACAAGGCUCAGAUUAAGUGUAACACCUGCCAGAUGACCUUCGUGGGCGAAAGAGAAGUUGCCAGGCACGCUGAAUCCACAGGUCACGUCGAUUUUGGCCAAAAUAAAUGA